CUUAACUGGCCAUUUAACCCUCAUCUCCAUAUAAGCAUCUCUCAUCUUGCUGCUACUUCCAAAUUGGCCUGAGUGAGAAACUUAGGAUUUUCCUGAGAAAAAAAGAAAGAAAAAAGAAAACACAUGAAGAUUGACAAGGAAAUCUCUCACCCCAUCCACCUACAACACAAGCUCAAGAUUGAAUACACAGAGAUCCCAUUCUACUGUGAUGGGUGCAAAGAACCUGGCAUUGGCCUCAAAUACAAGUGUCAGAAAUGUGAAUUUGACUUGCACAAGGCAUGUGCUGUGGCUGCUCCCAACAUCCACCAUCCCUACUACAACAAAUGUGAGUUUCAGUUUCUUUACAACCCGCCUGGCGCUGCUAGGAGAGUGUGUGAUGCAUGUAGGAAGGAUGUUUUGGGGUUUGUGUACCACUGCUGGAAAUGUGAUUUUGAUCUGCACCCUUGUUGUGCAAACCUCCCAAAAGUCCUAGAUGAUGGGGAGCACAACCUUUACUUGUGCCUCAAGUUAUCUAGUCCUUGUCAUAGGUGUGGAGGCAAGGGGCCUGGUUGGUCUUACAGGUCUGAUUGCAAGACCUAUAACCUUCAUGUGUCAUGUGUGAAGGAGUUGCUUGUGGAGAGCUGGCAAGCCAUGUAUCUCAAUGUGGACAAGAACAAAGUUAGGGAAAUGCAGACUAGAAUCCCAAGCCUCAAGGGAACACUGAAAAACCAUCAUGGAGGGAGAGGACGAGGAGGAGGAAAGGUCAGAAAGUGUUGCCAGAUUGCUGGUGGUGCCGUUCGUGUUAUUGUCUCUGCAAUCCUGGGAGAUCCUACUGCUCUUAUAGGCUCUGUUAUCGGCGGUUUCAUAUCCAAGUAGAAGGGGGGGAAAUGAAAACAAGUGUGCUUAGUAUGUCUUGUUAUUACUUUUCUUCAUGUUUUCCUGUUUCACAGUUUGUUACUUGGUUACAUGUAAAUUUAUAAGUACUGUGUGUGUGAACGAUUAGGACCCUGCAGUGUCCUCCAAAUCUGCAUAUUAAAGUUAAAAAUAUGUUUAGAUA